UUGUGCCCAAGCGCCUGGGACACCAUCCAUAGGGGGCCCACAGCAUCCUCUUGCCUCCAGCCUGGCCUGAUGACAACCUCUGGCUGUUCGCCAGGGAUUUGCACAGAGGACACAGAGGAGUUGGCAAAGGUUUUUCUCCGGUCUGCAUUGGGAACUGUCGGGCAAUUGUGGAUCCAGCUUUAAGAAGGAAGAAGGGCUCUUUUCACCCUCCUACUCUCUCUCUCUCUCUCUCAUCUACUUCUCCCUCCCCUUCCUCCUUUUCCCCCCUCUUCUUUUCCCUAUUGAUGAUCCCUCCCUUUCUCAGUGGUGCAAAGGAUUUUUCCCCCUGUCUCUCUCUCUCUCUCCAGAAAGCACAGUGGCUCUGAAGAAGGGGGAGUGAAAGAGAAAGAGACGGGCUGCCUCCAGGAUUCUGUUCGAGCCAAGAUGGGAAUGUAGUUCAUGGUAUUUUCAGCGCAGCUUUUCAAAUGAAAUUAGAAACAUAGAAUACUUGCUGCUAAAAGGCAAGAAAGAGAAGGAUUGCAGUCUUCUUCCACCUCCUAGGAUCACACAGGAUAUUGUAAGAUUGUUCUUUUGACUUAGAGGGUGCUGCAUAUUAUUUUGAUCCCCCCCCAACUCUUUACCUCUUUCUCCUCCUUCUCUUUUCCUUCUCACCUCCUUUUAAAAAAAACUUGCAAUUCCCUUCCUCACUCCCACUGAUCCCUCAUGUUUGGCGAGAGGGUUUGCUUGGAGUGUGUGUGGUUUCUCUCUGAGCAAAACUGUUUAGUGAGGAGAGACUGAACUAUUUCUUCACCAUUGGAAGUGGCAGAUGAAAAGAUGUGCAGUUGUGUGUACUUUUAGCUGGGAUUUUUGGUCGCCUCUCUCAACAAAACAAGACUUUUUUGUGGAAUCAGUCUCAGAGAAAGGAGGAGAGACAGAAGGCGGUUUCAGUUAUGAGCUGGGGUGCCAAGCAGAUGGAACGGGGUUGUAUUUUUGGUUUCUGUUGCCUUGUUCUGUUGGAUCCAGGACAGGUUUGGACUGGAAGCCCAAGUACUCAGAAACCUGAGUUGGAAACACAGAUGGAGACCACUGGCAACAGCACUUUGGGUCCUACCGUGGAGAAUACAGUUGUGGCCCCCACAGAGAUCAUACUUGGGGGUGAUCGGUGCCUUGGUUAUUAUGAUGUUAUGGGCCAGUGGGAUCCUCCCUUUAACUGCAAUUCAGGGAUUUACAAAUUUUGUUGUGGGACCUGCGGCUAUCGCUUCUGCUGCCAGUUCACAAGUGGGCGACUGGACCAAAGUGGCUGCUCCAAUUAUGAGACACCAGAAUGGGUCAAUACAGGCCAGCCACCUGCUCGAGUGGAUGAGUCCCCAGUGAAUCCCACCAGGGACAAGACCAACAUGAUCGUGUAUAUUAUCUGCGGUGUGGUAGCCAUCAUGGUACUGGUGGGCAUCUUUACCAAGCUGGGGCUGGAGAGGUCGCAGAGCCCUCAAACAGAGAUGACCAUGUCCAGAACACUCACAGAUCUACUAAAGCAGCCAGCGCAUGGCCCAUCUGACCUCUUGCCUGAUGGCCACAUUGGCAGUGUGCAGGUCCAGAUCAGUGGCGACAGCCUUUCUCGCGGAUCACCCAGGAAUGGCACCCAGCACGACAAGAACCAUUUGAACAAUGCUGUGAUCAACUCUGCCACCAUCCCACAGAUUGGACUGUCGCAUACACACAACAACCGGCUGCAAAUCGCAAGCACCAUGCCACACCAGGUGCCAGAUUAUACCAAGUAUGCAACGCUCAAGGCUGUAGAAACUGCUCCUGAUGAAUUCUACAAGAGGUUUCCCAUGGUGGACAUGCCACCGUCAAGCACUAUCCCCUUUGCUUCCUUGACGAUAAACCAGAAAGACAUUCCAUCUUUUCAGGAUGGCUGUGCUCUGAUUGGCUUGGCAACACCAGGACAGAAGGCCAAGAUGAUGAAAACCAAUGCCCACACGCUGGCAGGCAGCCCUGCCUUCAAGGGCGGCUGGGACCACAGUCACCCUGACCUUCGACGACAGGCCUACACCACCAAGCGCCAGUUCAGUAUUGAGAAGUUGCCUGAAGUCUUCAGCCAAACACCCACCCACUAUGGCCACCAACCACGGCCCUUUUCCACUAACAGCAAGACAGAAGUGACCGUCUAGCAUGGCCUGCCUCACAUUUCUAUAUUUGUCCAUUACUCUAAAAUCUUCAAGCAGCCUGUGAGGAGGGGAAUGCAAGCUCCUCCCUUCUCUGCACUGGCACUGCCAGGUUGUUUGAAGGAACUGGGAAAAGAUAAAGGAAGGAUGAGUGGCCACCAGUACAAAUCAAGCCAUCCAAAGCUGCUAACAGAAUUUGCCCAUCUAGUGUGGCCCUCUGGUGUUGGGUUGUGGGUCUUGUUUUAGUUUUUCUUCCAUCCUGACAGAAUUUGCCCAGCAUGCAUGGUGAAACUGACAUGCAUGUUGCCCUAUGAUUUGGUGCACGACUGUUGUUUCUAGUUCACCACUUUAUCGUAUCACAUUUACACCAGAAUGGUCAGCAUCCUGCAGGCGAUGUGAAGGACUGUACUACCCUUCUGCAUGGAGUUUCAUCAAAGCAGGGGAGCGUGUGGAGCUUCCUUUUCCCCCAACAAGGAGCGCAGAGAGACAAAAGACAAGAUAAACUGCUGCAAUAAUUGAGUUCACCUUGUUUGAACAAUAUUUCCCUUGUAAUACAAUCCUCCUC